CCGAAACGAUCACUUUGGUGGAAGAAGGUCUGGGAUUCGAAGGUGGCGACGUGGCACCUUCACGAUCCCUGCUCCUACGAGUAAAACAACAUCGAGCAACCCCGCGCCGUACCGUUCAGGUACACUUACCCUUCGAAACUUCCCCACCUCGACAAAUAAAUGCCCAGCAAAGGUCUCCAAGAAGUAAUACCUCGAAGAAACACGAUUCCGAGCCCCAGCCCGAGUCCGAGCAGAGGAUACGGAGAAAAGACGCAAAGACUACCUUAUCCAUGCACACGCUUCGUGCCCGGGGCACCAUGAAGCCGGAGAUCGCCGCCGCCGUCGGGUUUCUCUCCAGAUUCCUGCGGAUAAAGGGACAUGUGAACGACCGCCAGCUGCAAACUUUCAGCCAGUCUCUCCAGGACAUGCUGGCAGAGCAGUACCAGCACCACUGGUUCCCGGACCGGCCCUGCAAGGGCUCUGGUUACCGCUGCAUCCGUAUCAACCAUAAGAUGGAUCCACUGGUUGGCCAGGCAGGCCAGCGCAUUGGACUUUCCAUUCAGCAGCUGUAUGGCCUCCUACCCAGCGAGCUCACCUUGUGGGUGGACCCCUUCGAGGUGUCUUACCGCAUUGGUGAAGAUGGGUCCAUCUGCGUGCUCUAUGAGUCCCAGCCGACUGCCGUUGGAGGUACCGCUUCUGCCACCACCUCCUCAGCCACCAGUUCUGCCUCUGCCUCCCCCGGGGGACUGUCUACCCUGGUGGACAGCCGAAUCAGCUGCAAGGAAGAGCUCCUGCUGGGCCGGACCAGCCCCUCCAAAGCAUAUAACAUGAUGACUGUGUCCAGCUAAGGGCUCACUGCUUCAUCACAAGCAGCUGAAAAAGAGAGGAAAAAUGAAGAUGAGUUAAGGAUGUGGUCUAUCAUUCAGGGGAUGGAAGUUGGAAACAGUUUUUUUUUUUUUUUUUUGUCUUUUUUUUUCUGCUUUUUAUUUCCCUCUUUUUUUAAUUUAUUUUUUGCUUUGGAUUCUCAGAGGGCACUGGUGAGGUGUCCAGCUUGCAGGGCAGCUAUGAAGAUCUCUGUGGCAGGCAGGUUGGGGGAGUGUCAGUAUGGAUUUUGCACUUUGGGGCAUCAUUGUUCCGUUUCUCAAGGCCAUCUUACUGUCCAUACGGUCCCUGUCUGAUGGUCUCAUUCAGUUUUUACCGUAAAAAAAAAAUCACUUGUUUGUUAGGGUGGACAGAGGGAGGGAAAUUUUCAAGAAAACAGAUUUAAAUUUCAUGGAACAUUUUCUUUUUGGGGUUCUGAUGUUAAGUGUAUAGAUGAACUGUCUAAGCUAAUGAGUGCUCCUUUGUCAAAACUUUUUGGCACAUCUCUUGACUUCAGAACAGCCAAAGUUAAAUCCCAGGAAGGUCAUCUCCAAGUGUUGAGGUGUGCAGGUAAGGUUUAUUGCAGGACACCUGAGCUCUGGUUGUAACUUUUCGACUGUAAAGCCUUUCAGAUGCAUUUUUGAAGAUGUCCAUUUCAGAAACCUGCUUUGUCAAAACUGAAUGACAAAGACAAAACCUAAAAUGGCAAAAGGUAAAGAAUCAGUGUGACCCCCCCCUUUGCCCUAUUUGCACUGGUUUACCAAGUACCUUGAAGUCCCUGACCACAGUGCUCUGAAGGGAUUGUUUUCUUCCUUACAGUUGAUGUUAAAUGCACUUUGACAUUUAGAUUGUAUGGGAUGUAUAUUUUAAAUGAAAGUAACUGCUGCAUUCCAUUCUUUAUAAUGAAAUGUUUUCUGAAGAUUUGCCUGCAGGUUUAGAUCAGUAUGUUCUGUUGGCUGUUUCCACACCUGGUAGAUGAGUCUGUUUUUAGUGCAGUUCAUUUGAUUAGAUUGCAGGAUCUUAAUGUUGUGUUUGAGACCCUGUUGAUUCUGCUUUGAGUCAGGUUUUGCUCUGCGGAGUUUAUGGAUGUUUUUGUGGACGUUUCCUUCUCACUGCCAAAGUGAAAGAAGACCUUCUGCUUUCACAAAACACUGUUGACUGGAGUAACCACCAUGUGUGAUUCUGUCUGCCCCUCCAGACAACUCCUGGACCUCAAAGGACGAGAGUUUAGAACUUUAGGGGAAAAUUCCUUGUAUCAUUCAGUUUUUUAGGACUAUAUUAUUGCGAUGACUCCAUUUGUGCAUCCAGAUGUCUUGUGUAUAUUAUUUGCGUCAUUUGUCAGAUGAGAGGAGAAAGUGCGAUCAUUACCUGACUCCACCCCCCUUGUGUAGCAGUGCACCGUUUUUCACAAUAUCAAUCGUGAACAAGUGUAGGGGUGUGUUCAUAGUGAUGGACUAGUGGUUGUUUUCAGGUGUAAGCCUUGAGCAGUUUCCAAUAAUGGCCACCUUGAUUGAGGUUCUCAGUCUCUCCUUUGCUCACCCAGAGCGUGCCAUGCCACAUAUCACACUCCCCUGCUCAGGUGCACAGGGCCACACAUCGACCAAGGGCAGCUAGGACCCCCUGGGGUCCCCCAACCUCAUGCUCGCACCUGGCAGCGGUGAGCCAACCAGCACACGCACAGUGCACGCUCUCUGACCUUUCACUAACCCUGUAGUGGUCAGGAAGAAGGGGUUGAUAAUGCUUAAUUGGGCAAAUGUGACAGUGGGGGCAGGACUGAUGCAUAAGAAAAGAAUCUGGCUUUUCAUUCUGGCUGGUACAGUGUUUGUUUGGUUUUUUUUUUUUUUUUGUUUUUUUUUUUUUUCCCUUCUUCGCUUUUUUUCACCACCCCACUCCCCAUAAAAACAAAAAUGUGCAUAUUUCCCAUUUUGCUCAUGGCUUUUAGAAAUGUAUUCUGUAAUAAUGAGAAAGGAGUUUGAUAUUCAGCACAUAAAAUGCACUAAUCUGUGAGUCAGUCAUGAAUUCCUGCCACAAGGAGUCUGUCCUGGAAUGUAUUGAUGAGCCGGCCUUGGCCCCUGGACCUUCCAGAAGCCCUUAGCAGACAGCAAUACGUCCUUAACCAUAAACCUAGGAAGAAGGAGCUCUCUAUUUUUCACAAGCGUGUCAAGCAGAAGCCUUUCAGAUGGGCCCACGUUUGUGGGCGUAAUGUUAUGCAUAUAUUAUAGAUUAUGCCAUCAUGCAAAAAUGUGUGCUUGGAAUUUGUGCAAAACAUUGCCUGUAAGAAACUGAUGUGCUGUGAUACUUAAAAUUGAGAUUCUUCUUUUGGUCUUAUGUUUUGGAAUGUAUUAUUGUCACUAUAUCUGUACUAAAGGGUAUUUUGGCAAGGACCAAAGCAAUUUUUUUUUUUAUUUUAAUUUUUUUCUUCCCUUUCCCCAGUCUCCAAACUCUGCUGAUAGUCUAUAAUCCUUUAUUUUUUAAUUCUUACAUGAUUUUAAAAUCUUAGCUGCAUAAGUGAAAAGCUCUCCUGUGAUUUCAUGCCAGUACAUUGCUGUUUGUUUUACUUUUCCUUGGGGACAUCAUGAUGAACUGCUGUAAAUUUGUACAGUUCAUGUAAAUUGAUUGUGAGGAAGUUGUACAGAUUUCUAUAUUUUGGAAGAAUU